AUGAAAGUGGUUCGAAUGGCUUCCAUCGACAAAAUUAUCGCAUUCCUGAACGAAGGGCCUUGCGACCCUAAUGUUGAAGUUGUUGUAGCUCCUCCUGCACCAUAUUUAGGAUAUGUGAAGGAGCACGUGAAGGAGCCAAUUGCAGUAGCUGCACAAAAUGCCUAUAAGAUCUCGCCAGCAAUGAUCAAGGACCUUGGUCUUCACUGGGUAAUCUUAGGACAUUCAGAAAGGCGUCACAUAUUUGGCGAGUCAGAUCUCUUGGUUGCUGAAAAAGUGAUUCACGCAAUUGAAGAGGGUUUAAACGUUAUCUUUUGCUGCGGAGAAAAACUGGAUGAAAGAGAGGCUGGUAAAACAAAAGAGGUCAAUUACCGUCAGAUUGAAGCGCUUAUCGCUAAGAAAGCUGACUGGUCUAAAAUAGUCAUUGCGUAUGAACCAGUUUGGGCUAUUGGCACAGGAAAGACUGCAACUCCUGAUCAGGCACAAGAAGUGCAUAAGUGGAUCCGUGAAUAUUUGGCUCAGAAGGUUUCUGCCGAUGUUUCAAACACUACAAGGAUUUUAUAUGGAGGUUCUGUGACGGCUGAUAAUGCAGCUGAACUUGGAAAGAAGCCAGACGUGGACGGGUUUUUGGUCGGUGGCGCCUCACUGAAACCAGAUUUCAUAAAAAUUAUUAAUUGCAAAAACUAA